AUGACUGCAGUUUUUUUGCUUUUCUUCACUUCGUCAGUUGUAGCUAGAAGUGAACAGCAUAGCGACAUGAAACUCGAACUUGUACAACUGGUAUGGCGGCACGGAGAUAGAUCACCUACUCACACCCACAAAACAGACACGAUCAGAGAAGAUGACUGGAAAUUUGGAGGAGGAGGAUGGGGACAGCUCUCGACGAUAGGAAUGAGGCAGCAUUUCGAAUUCGGAAAACAAUUGCGAAAACGCUAUGUCGACACUGGUUUUCUCAGCAAAACGUAUAAUGCGAAAGAGAUAUAUGUCCGCUCGACAGAUUACAAUAGAACUAUAGUCUCCGCCAUGUCAAACUUGAUGGGAAUGUACAGCUACCAUAAUCGUGAUAGCAGAGUAAAUGUUGACUUCCCAGAAGCGGAAGGAUGGCCUCAUCGACUUACUCCAAUUCCCGUGCAUACCGUUGAUCACCACACCGACUUUGUGGGAAUUGCUCAUGCUCGUUGCAACCGCAAGGAGUGGCUGGGUGAAAUGAUGAGAAAACGAAGUAGAGAAUUCAAAGCACUGUAUAAAGAUCCUAUGGUGAAAAAGGUGUUCAAGAAAGUAAGUAAGAAAGCUGGAGGAAAGUACGAUGAUAAGAAUGUAUGGGAAAUUUAUGAUGUGUGGCUAAUCGAGCAAGUGCAUUUCCUAGAAAGACUGAAGAACGAAUGUGAUUGGUACUCUAUACAAAUGAUGGAGGAAAUUAAUGCAAUCAAUAAAAAGUUAAUCAACUAUGACAAUGGAGUCUUCGGUCGUAAGAUAAAGAUGAACGGUCUAGAUAUGGGACGGGAAAUUAAGAAGCUACGCGGAGGAUCAUUGGCGAAUGACAUGAACAUGCAUAUGCAUUUGAAACAUAAAUGCUUGAAUAGAAGCAAUGAGUCUGAGUGUCGCUGGAUAAGUGGACUUAAAUACUAUGCUUAUUCAGCUCACGACACUACCGUUUUCGCGUUGCUGGCCGCUUUGGGAAUUCAGUCGAAAGUCGUUUACAAAGGAGGAUAUCCGGAAUAUACAGCAGCUGCAUUCGUUGAAUUAUACACUAACAAAACUGAUAAUAAGCCUUACUUCAAGUUGUUGUACCGCACAAGCAGUGAGGAGGACGUGAUCCAUACUGUGACACACUAUAUUCCGGAAUGCGGAAAACGGGAUUACUGCGAAUUAGAAGUCUUCCAAAUGUAUGCUGAAAUGGUAAAGCCGGAUAAAAACAUGAUCGAGUGGUGUGAGGUAGACCCGCGACGCAAGAGAAUGGACCAAAGGGACGAGCGCCUGAAAGCUUUAAUCGAACAACUGAUUAAAGAAUUAAAUUCUUACUCUCGUCGAGAGUAA